GCUUGAUUCCUCUUCAGGAUUAAGAGCAACGUCAGACGUUAAAGGAGCAGUUUCCUCAAAAUUCUCUUCGGGUUGACUCAUUCUUAAGAUUCUGAAAAAAAAAGGUGGUGAAUUUGAAUGGGAGUAGCUGGUUUCAAUACCAUCCAUCUUCUCCCUUCCGACUGACGUCGAAUACCAUCCUCUUUCCUUCCCUUCCAAAUUCACAGUGAAUCGUCCUCAAAGAACCAUCCUCAAUUUUAAAGCAGCGGAUUCAACAUGUUUCAACCAAGAGUUGUGUACGAUUAUCGGCAACCUGAAGAUGAUUCUUACGAGAAAGUCAACCAAGAAAUAACAAGUUGGAAUUUUAAAAUGUUUCUGCAUAUUUGCUGUCUUUUUCUCAUAUUUUUUCUCAGCGGAGUGCUGUCAGUAACCUUGAAUUACCAUAACAAACCAGAUCUAGUCGCAUGGUUCCAUUCUGUUAGCUAUAUUGUAUGGUUGAUAUCUUUUAUUAAUUUGCAAAUCCAAGACGUUUCUUCAGACUUAGUACCAAGGAAAGAAAAGGAAAAGCACUAUAGAAAACAGCAAUUAUCAGGCGCAGGAACCAAUGGCCCUUCAAAUCCUCAACCUCAAGAAGGCCAGUCUUUACCGGAAUACACUGAGACGAUAGGGCAAAGCGACUCACAGUCCCACUAUGCGACUCAAACGUAAUUACCCUUUCUUCUACUUGUAAGGCUAGCAACCGCGUCUUCUGUUUGUUUCCAAAUACGGUCCACUGUACAUUAAUCAGGUUCUCCCGUAUAGUACAGAUGUUUGGUUGGAAACCACUGGACCAAAGGGAGUUCCCGUUAGUUUGUAAUGGAUCUUCUACCUGUUUUGCAUGAGUGCACCUUCACAACAUUUGUCCUCAACACUCAAUAAGAACUCAUCCGAAGAUUAGUAUUUAUCCUGCUAUCAAAUCCACAAACCUUAGACUUAUAAUUUUUCUACUAAUAUUAAUAUAUUUCCAAUUUUGUUGAAUCUAUUGAAAUGCUAUCCACUACUAUUUAUCAGCGUUACCCGUGUUACC